AUGGCCUCUGCUCCGCUCGCGCCGCUGGCGCACGUCUUCCGGGGGAGCUUUGUGCACUCCAGCCGCUCCUCGCCGAUGGACGUCCUGCAAGGACACCUGUUGGGGGUGGAGGAGAGCGGGAAGAUCGCUUUUUUGGAACCAUUUGAAGAACAGGAGAAACUGGCAAAGAAGUGGGGGUUCAAAGCAUCUGAAAUACGGGAUCUCAGUAACAAUGAAUUCUUCAUGCCUGGUUUGGUUGACACACACAUCCAUGCUCCACAGUAUGCUUUUGCAGGAACACGGGUAGACCUGUCUCUUUUGCAGUGGUUGAAGGCAUACACUUAUCCAAUAGAAACCAAAUACAAAGACAGUGAUUUUGCUGAAGAGGUGUACACUAGAGCUGUGAGACGAACUCUCAAGAAUGGCACAACUACAGCCUGCUACUUUGCAACGAUUCACACAGAUGCCUCUUUACUUCUUGCUGAUAUUAUAGAUAAAUUUGGACAAAGGGCAUUUGUGGGUAAAGUUUGCAUGGAUAUUAAUGAGUGUUGUCCAGAUUAUAAAGAGACCACCUCAGAAUCCAUCAAGGAGACUGAAAGGUUUGUUAGAGGACUCCUAGAGAAGAAAUAUACAAGGGUUCACCCCAUAGUAACACCCCGCUUUGGACCAUCCUGUACAGAGGAGAUGCUUGGUAGCCUUGGUGACCUGGCAAAGGCUCAUGACAUUCAUGUGCAGAGUCACGUAAGUGAGACAGAGGAAGAAAUCAAGCUUGUAGAGAAAAUGUUUCCUGCCUAUCAAAAUUAUACAGAAUUAUAUGAUAAAAAUAAACUUCUUACAAACAAGACAAUAUUGGCUCAUGGUUGCCAUCUUUCGGAUGAAGAACUGCAACUUUUUACUCGUAGAGGAGUUGCCAUUGCACAUUGCCCCAAUUCAAACAUGGCACUGUGUAGUGGUUUUCUGAAUGUAAAAAAGGUUCUGAAGUACAAUGUGAAGCUUGGCCUUGGCACAGAUGUUGCUGGUGGCUAUUCAGCUUCUAUGUUUGAUGCUAUCAGAAAGGCAGUUAGUGUAUCAAAUGCCUUGAAAAUUAAUAAAGUGAAUGAAGAAGGCUUAACUCUGAAGGAAGUUUUUCAACUAGCAACUCUUGGAGGAAGCCAAGCCCUAGGUCUGGAUGGUGUCAUUGGAAACUUUGAGGUUGGCAAAGAAUUUGAUGCACUGCUUAUCAACACCAAAGCUUCAGAUAGUUCUUUUGACUUGUUUGCUUCUGAUACAUUUGAGGAUAUUAUCCAGAAAUUCCUGUAUCUGGGUGAUGACCGGAAUAUUGAGGAAGUCUACGUGGCUGGCAAACUGGUGGUCCCAUUUUCAAGUUCUGUAUAAGAUUAGAUCCACUUUCUGUAUAAUGUUCUGGUGGUAACUGUCAAUUAGAAGGAGUGGGUGAAAAUGCGGUGCCUUGUUGUGAUGCUGUGCUCACUUUGUUUAGUAUGUUUCUGAUUUGCACAGAUAUCGAUACAGAAUAAGUAUUGUGCCAAAAAGGUAUCCCACUUCUAUGAAGAGCCCCUUCCAUAUAUGC